CAGGCAGCCGCCUCAGGCCCCGCUCCUCACUGAACCGCUAUCCGCAUAUCAUUAUUAUCACACACCGACAGAAGAAAGCUCCACUCCGGCUCCGUGGAGCUGCCGCCGGGAUGAGCGAACGGAAAGGUUGAAAUUUCCAAAUCCUCCGCAGAAGUCCCGGGACUGGCCGCUUGGGCUGGAGCGAGGUGCAGCCUGAGGCGCAGCUGCCGUGGUGAUGGUGUUGGACUUGGGUGCAGUCUUCAUGGAUCAGGUUGAGGGUGAAAGACGUGUCGGGGAUCUGGUGGAAACAGAUGUUCGAACAGAUCCACCCAAAACUGUAAGCAGCUCUGCUGCAAAGGCUAAAAGGUGUGGUGUCACCAGAAGGGAGAAGGUGUUUUACAAUGGACUCCCAGCCCCAACGAGCAACAGCCAGGUGGUACAGAGAAGGUCGUCAUUAUCAUCAUCAAAAUGUGGCACUGCACCCAGACCGCUGCUCCGACGGCCCCUCAGCUUGGAGGUGACGUCCGAGCGCAUGAGAGGGUCUCAGGAGCAAAUGGGGGACCGGAGGAUCCUGCAGCCUCCUUGGCGCAGCGGUACAGCUGUCCCCUCACCCCCGGCUCGCAGUCUGACCAGCCCCAGCCUGGGAGUGAGCAGCUGGAUGCGCCGCAGUGAAAGCACCUGCUCUGUAAACUACUCCCUGGGGCUACGUGCCAGCAAGGGGCAAAUGCGUCCCGCCACAUCCCUCCCUCACAUAGCUAAAGGGGUGGGUGGUUCAACACUCCCUACGGCCGCCAAGCCCUGUCUGCUUGUUGCCCUUAGACCUCUUAACCUGGAGCAGGAGAAGCAGGCUUUCUUCCAGUCCGACUACAAGUAUGAGCCUCAGUUUGAGUAUGCGCAGCCCGAACCCAGGACCGUGUUGGACAAGUACAGAGAGGGCUCAGGCCUCUUCCUUGAACAGGCAGUUGGGAUCAUGGAGUGUGUCCUGAGGAAGUUUGGCUCCUAUGAGAACUUUGAGGAGGUGACAGGUGGCAGUGUGCUUCCGAAAAGUCAGGUCUGGGCUGCUGUGCGCAAAUACCUGCAGAAAGAAGGCUGUGUGGGGGAGGUUGUUGUGCGUCUGUCUGAUGAACUGCUAUCUCAGGCUGUGAUGGUGGUGGAAAGCUGUCGUCCUACUCUGACCAUCAACCUCUCUGGAGCUCGACAGCACUGGUUGGAGGGGAUGCUGAGGCACGAGAUUGGCACGCAUUAUCUGCGAGGUGUGAACAACAGCAUGCAGCCUUGGGCCACCACAGAAGGCAGGAAGCAGUUUGGACUUAAACCAGCCAAUCCCACAGAGGAGGGCCUGGCCAGCCUGCACAGCGUGCUGCUACGGAAACAGCCCUACCUGUGGCGCGCGGCUCUGCUCUACUAUACGGUGUACCACGCCACCAGCAUGAGCUUCAGCCAGCUCUUCAGCCACAUAGCACGCUUCGUCCAGGACCCGGACGUCCGCUGGGAGUACUGCCUGCGGGCCAAGAGGGGACAGACGGACACCUCACAGCCUGGUUGCUUCAGCAAAGAUCAGGUGUAUCUGGAUGGGAUUCUUCGGAUUCUUCGGCAUCGAAGGGCCAUCGACUUCAAGAUGUUGACUUCUUUAGGCAAGGUGUCUUAUGAAGAUGUGGAGAGGCUGCGACAUCUGGCAGUGCUCCCCAGGACCAGAAUCCCACACUUCAUGCGAGACCAGGAGCGGUACCUUCAACAUCUGGACCACAUCGUCACCGUCAAUGAGCUUGACGAUUCAACUCUGCAACACCUUCUACCCUGACCGUCCCGGCCAAAGCCAAGAAGAAGCACUGUAGGAUCUUCAGACUGUGUCAUGUGAUGGCCUGAGUGUUCCUUAAAGUAUUACUGAUGCUUUAUUUGAGCGAUUUUUCUUAAAACUUGAACAACAUGAACAAAAGGGACGUUACACAUUAACACCUCCUAUCUACAUUUCACUUGUGUCUAAUGCAUGUUUGUGUGGCUUUUCCACAGAGCCAAGUACAGUUUAAGUGCGCCCCCCCCCACCACCACCACCACCACCUUUACUCCUACUAUGAAGUUACCUCAGUACUGCAACUUUACAAUGUAAUCAUUAUAUAUGUAGACUCGUACAUAAUCACAGAAACGUUCAUAAUCACAUGCUUUAUUUAUGCAGUUAUUUAAGUUUUUUUAUUUUUUUUUUUUUUUUUUACUUGGAGAGAACAGACUGAAUGUUUCCGGUAUUAGCUUUAUACCUUCUUUUUUAGAUUACAUUGUUUUAUGCCUUAGAUCAUUUGCAUUUUAAAAAGAAGACACCAAGGACACAACAUUUUAAAACUGAGACCACGAAUCUUAAAGAUAUCAAGUGCCAGCAGACUCUCUGAGUUUGAACUCCCCCCGAGGGAGAAUUAAAAUAUCAGUGUUAUUAAGAAGAUAAUCAACUGUGUUAUCACUGUCUUAACAGUGCCCUUGGUGGUCUUUGAUUAUCAGUAUGCUACUGUGAUGUGACCUGUCCCUGAGAGCCCCCCACCCCCUACACUGCACAACAACCAAAUUGUCCUUUGCAACACUGAAGGAAUAGUUUUGGGAUGCUUACCUUUAUUAAAUUCCUUGCAGUUACUCUCAUGUCUUUGUGGUCAACAUGUAGAUGGAGAAAAGAGCAGAGCGGGGCAAACCGUUAACCUGGUUCUGUCUGAUCUGUUAAAAAAGGCCAAUGACUGUUUGGUAAACUCCUCCCCUGAGCUCUGGGUGGCCAAAAAUAGUUUAUCAGUAACCUGUCAGACUUAUAAGUCUAGCUUUCAGUACAUUAAAGUCAUUUCAAGCCAUAGACAGUAUAAACAUGGACGUAGCUUCCUGGACAGAAAAAUUAAAUGAGGAUGUGGGUUUCAAAGUCAGACCCACCACUACUGGUCAUAUUCAGGUUUAUUGUUACCAAGAUGGCAACGGUGGAAGGGCUCAAAUCAAGGCUUCAAAAUUAAAAUUCAGAAACCAACUGUUGUCACAAUAGCCACGCCCAUCUUUUAUACCAUGUUUCAAACCCUUUUUGCGCACUACAUUUUGUAGGUUUCAUUUUCAAUGGAAAGUCAGUGACAUUUCAUGUGAGGUAGCUAACUACCUUAAGGACUCAUCAUUACUCCCAUAGCCAAGGAGCAAACCAAUUAUAGCUGCUUACAGAUUGUCUAUACUGCUCAAAAAAUAAUUCAAGGAACACUUUGUAAACGCAUCAGAUCUAAAUGAGAGAAAAAAAUCAUGCUGGAUAUCUACACUGAUAUGGACUCGGUAAUGUGUUAGAAACAAAAAGAUGCCACCUUGUUUGAUAGAAAUGAAAAUUACAAACCAGCAGAGGGCUGAAUUCAAAGACAUCCCAAAAAUCAAAGUGAAAAAAUUAUGCAGUAGACUAGUCAAUUUUGCCAACAUUUCAUUGCAGCAACUCAAAAUGGUGUUCAGUAGUUUGUGUGGCACCUAUGUGCUUGUAUGCAUGCCUGAUGUCAGGGCAUGCUCCUAAUGAGAUGACGGAUGAUGUCCUGGGGGAUCUCCUCCCAGAUCUGGACCAGGGCAUCACUGAGCUCUUGGACAGUAUGAGGUGCAGUCUGGCAGCAUCAGAUGGCCUGAAACAUAAAGUCCCAGAGGUGUUCUGUUGGAGUUUGGUCAGGCGAGCAUGGGGGCUAGUCAGUGGUAUCAUACUGUCACCACACGAGGCUGGGCAUUGGAACCCAGGACCCACUGCACCAGCGUAGGGUCUGACAGUGGGCUCAAGGAUUUCAUCCUGAUCCCUAAUGGCAGGCAGUUUGCCGUUGCCUAGCCUGUAGAGGUCUGUGCUUCCCUCCAUGGAUA